AUGCCUCUUUCUGGGAGCGCUUGUUUGUAUUCUCGGCGCCAGAGGAGGGCUGGCGCAGUGCUGUGCAGCGUCUGCUAGGAGCAACAGGGCAUAUAAUGGCACCUAUUGGAGGGACCUUGAAAACCAAGAAGGGUAUUCUAGAACGUCUAGAUGCUGGAGAAGUUGUGAUUGGUGAUGGUGGCUUUGUCAUUGCUCUUGAAAAGAGGGGUUAUGUAAAAGCUGGACCUUGGACUCCAGAAGCUACAGUAGAACACCCAGAAGCAGUUCGUCAGCUGCAUCGAGAAUUUCUCAGGGCUGGAGCAAAUGUUUUACAGACAUUCACCUUUUAUGCCAGUGAUGACAAAUUAGAGAACAGGGGGAACUAUGUAGCUGAUAAAAUAACUGGCCAUAAAGUAAACGAAGCUGCUUGUGACAUUGCAAAAGAAGUGGCCCAAGAAGGAGAUGCUUUGGUGGCUGGAGGCGUCAGUCAAACACCUUCAUACCUAAGUGGCAGGUCUGAAGCUGAUGUUAAAAAAAGCUUUCGAAAGCAGCUAGAAGUUUUUACCAAAAACAAUGUGGACUUCUUAAUUGCAGAGUAUUUUGAACAUGUUGAAGAAGCUGUGUGGGCAGUUGAAACCUUAAAAGAAUCUGGGAUGCCAGUUGCAGUUACUCUGUGCAUUGGUCCAGAAGGAGACAUGCAUGGUAUACUACCUGGAGAAUGUGCUGUUCGACUUGUCAAAGCUGGUGCUUCUAUUGUCGGAGUAAACUGCCAUUUUGAUCCAGCUACUUCCCUCCAAACUGUGAAACUCAUGAAAGAGGGUUUAGCAGCUGCUAAACUAAAAGCCCAUUUGAUGUCACAACCACUUGCUUUUCAUACUCCUGAUUGUGGGAAACAGGGUUUCAUUGAUCUACCAGAAUUUCCUUUCGGUUUGGAGCCAAGAAUUCUAACCAGAUGGGAUGUUCACAAAUAUGCAAGAGAGGCCUAUAACCUAGGGAUCCGAUAUAUUGGAGGGUGCUGUGGAUUUGAACCGUAUCAUAUCAGAGCAAUUGCUGAGGAGCUGGCCCCUGAAAGAGGCUUUUUACCACGUGCUUCUGAAAAGCAUGGCAACUGGGGGAGCGAUUUGAGCAUGCAUACCAAACCCUGGGUCAGAGCAAGGGCUAGGAAGGAGUACUGGGAGAAUCUGUUGCCUGCUUCAGGCCGACCAUAUUGUCCCUCACUAUCAAAGCCAGAUGACUGGGGAGUGACCAAAGGAGAUGCUGAACUGAUGCAGCAGAAAGAAGCAACAACUGAGAAACAGCAGAAAGAGCUCUUUGAGAAACAGAAAUUCAAAUCCAAAAUUGUCUAAGUUAUUAGCAAUUUCAUAUGUCCUAAAGUAAUGGCAUUAGGAUGCAAUCCUAUGCAUGUUUAGACAGAAAAAGUCCUGCAACUCCCAGAAUUCCCCAGCCAUCAGGGUGGGCUAGGAAAGGCUGGGACUUGUAAGCCUAUUUUCUAUCUAAACAUGCAUAGGAUUGUGCCCUUAAUGUAUAAUUGAUGAUGUCAGAAAAUUAUACAGGAAGAAUUUGUUAAUUACAAGUUUAAACCUCAACAAUGCAGUAUUUUCUUUACGAAAAGUACUCUUAAUCAUAUGUGAGACUUCAGGAGUUCAUAUAUUAGAGGAAUCCAUAAUGUACACUUCAAGGUUUUUGUAUAUUUCAGCUUGCUUACAAUAUGACCUAUUCAGAGAAAGUUAAUCCUCCUCCAGUCCUAUUGAAAUAAUUGUGAAUCAAGCACACAAAAGUGUUAAAUAAACAGCCCAGUCCUAAGCACAUUUUCUCAACAUUUGCAAAACAAUCUCAUGGUUGUGGUGGGGAGGGGAAGGUUUCAUGGUGGAGUUUUCACUUCUCAAGCUCUCCUGACAUACUGUGGCCAGGACAGGAGGGCGUGGGGGAGGACAGAUUUUUAAUUUCCUUCCCCUCCCCCCUCUGCCAUUGACUUGUUAGGGAGUAUCAAGGGAAUGCGGGGGGGGGGGGGAUUCUGUGGAUCUUCAGCUGUGCUGACACACCCUUAAAACGGCCCAUUUUGCCCCACACUGUCGUCAUUCCAUUGUUGGGCCAUUCAUGCCCAUGGGAGUCUCCAGCAGUGUAAGUACCAUCCCACAAGCGAGUCUCCCUCUCCACCGGCAGAGCAAUACUUAUGGCUCCUCGGCUGGUCAAUUGCCAGCUUCAGGACUCCAGCCUAAGCCACACUACAUUUAAGACUUCCUAGUGAAGUAUUAUGUUUAGGAUUGCAAACAAAAUAGGACUUAGGUGCAUUUUGAAUUGUGCCCAUUCUCUGAGAUACAUAGGUUUGAUCUCUUCCCCCCCCCCUUCCUGCAGUGAAAGCACAUAAAGGUAUAAGUGCUUCUUUUGGAAAUAAUUGUUAUGCUCAGUAUAAUAAUUUAAAAUGUAUAAUUUCCUUACUACUAUAGAAUUCUAAAAUUUACUUUAAAAAUGGAAGAAUAUACUUCCAAUAAGCAGAAAAUUACUUUUCAAAUACUUGUUAGUUGCAUUUGCAAUGAUUUCAUCACUCCAUAUGAGUGAUCCAUUCCAAUAUAUUUCAUUGGUGCAUCUGAUCAAGUAGUUGAGAUGAUUUCCCCCAGGUCUCUGCUCAUAUGAUGAGGAUAAUGGGCUUUAAAACGAAUUCUCCAUUGCUGUGUGGAACCAAGGUCAUAUAUUAAAACAUUUAAUGAAUUAAAAUGCUCUGACGUGUAGCUAAAUUUAUAUCUACUAUAUACUGAAAGAGGCACAACAGAUAUGACUCCAAUGGUCUUCAUAACUAAUAGUAAUAUUCUGUAUUAAUACCAAUAAAGAUUUAUAAAUUA